AUGGAUACGGAGAAUGUAGAAGACUUUCUGAUAAGUAGGGGUAUUGCAGUGUUAUUUAAACUGAAAUAUGGACAGAUCGGUCUUUUAUUGGAUCAAAAGGUCCGAGUAGGUGGUAUAGCAGAACUUAAAGUUAACCAGGGAAAAGACAUUUAUGUUUUUUACCUGUUGACUAAAGUUCUCUACCACCACAAACCAGCUCUGCAGUGUUUGGCCAAUGCAUUAAUCCAGUUACGGAAUAGGUUAGCAGAUUUAUGUAUAAAUUUGCUAAUUAUCCCGAAACUGGGUUGUGCUUUGGAUGGGCUGAAUUGGUACGAGGUUCGUGGAAUGUUACAUUCCACGUUCGUCGAUAGAAAUGUACAAAUUAUCGUAUGCGAUCCCGAAAACUUACAGAUAACACGUCAUGUGAUUGCCACAUGUGCGGAGAAAAAUAUUGAAUUUUUGGAGUGCGGUGGUCCGGAAACAGUAAAAAUAUUGCCAGUAGAAUUAUCAAACGCAAGCGAAAAUGCAAUAUUCACAAAAUGCUUGAACCAUUUUCAAUUAUUGCCAAGGUAA